AUGAUUCACAAGCAGCGAUGGAUUAGCAUAUUGGCCGCUGUUUCGAUAAUCGGCCUUUGGGUUUUCUUUUCCUCGAAUAAGCUGUCAUACACCACACCUAACGAUAUGGAUGUAAAUUUGGUAACCAGCCAAAGGUCCGAGGGCCAGGAAUCUAUCCAAGCGCAGGGCAAAUUGUUGAGUGACGACAAAAUGAAUUCGAUUAUGCCUUCGAUGCCGGACCAGAAGGCCAAAGAAGAGCUAGGCAGAGCUUCAUGGAAAUACUUCCACACUGUGUUGGCAAGGUUUCCAGAUGAGCCAACGUCCGAAGAGCGCGCCAAACUGGGCCAAUUUGUGCAGUUGUAUGCGGAACUAUAUCCGUGCGGUGAGUGUUCGCACCACUUCGUACAAAUGCUGAAGAAAUGGCCACCACAGACAUCAAGUCGCACAGCAGCUGCCCUGUGGGGAUGCCAUGUGCACAAUCGGGUUAAUGAGCAUUUAAAGAAGGAGCAAUUUGAUUGUUCGCGGAUCUUAGAAGAUUACGACUGUGGUUGCGGCGAUGAAGAUGGUCAGAUUCGCCAAGACUUGAAAUUGAACAUGGUAUCGCUACAGAAAGAAGGUAAGCAAGCUGGUUGA